AUGUGUUGGUUUGGGUACGACCAAGGCGUCUUCUCCGGCGUCCUGAUCUCAAAGGACUUUAUCGACCAAUUCCCCGAGACGAAGAACGCCAAUGUCAAUGGAAUCACAUCCAGUUGCUUUUCGCUCAGCGCAUUCAUCGGAUGUCUCUUCGCCUUCACAGCUGGUGAUUAUUUGGGCCGGAGGCGCUCCAACCUGAUCGGGCUGGCUGCGAACGUGAUCGGCGCAAUCCUACAGAUCUUCGCCUUUCAUCUCCCCCAGAUGCUCAUCGGGCGUCUGAUCAACGGCUUCGGGAUGGGAAUCAUCACCUCCGUCGUCCCGGUAUACCAGUCGGAAUGCGCAAAGCCCCAUGUCCGAGGCCGUCUGGUGAUCCUCGCAAACAUCAGCAACACGCUAGCGUUCUGCCUGGCGAACUGGAUCAACUACGCUCUCUUCUUCUCCCACGGCGGCGGCGCGUUCCAAUGGCGGUUCCCGCUCGCGUUCCAGCUCGUCUUCGCGCUCGUGUCCAUACCGAUCGUUGCCUAUCUACCGGAAAGCCCGAGAUGGCUGAUGUUGCAGGAGCGCGCGGAAGAGGCCAUCCAGGUGAUUGCCAGACUGGAGGGCGCGGAGCUGUCGGAGACGGACCCCGUGGUCGUCGCCACUCACCGAUCGAUCGGGGCGGCGAUCGAGGAGGAGAGGCGGGCCCGCAUGCCGGUGAGAGACGUUUUGCUGUUCAGAGAUGGGACGCAGAACUUUCGCCGGGUGCUCCUGUCGUGCGGGACGCAGCUGAUGCAGCAGUUCAGCGGGGUGAACGCGCUGGGGUAUUACUUGCCCACGCUGCUGCAGGAGAGCGUCGGGUUUGACGAGCGGAAGAGCAGGCUGCUGGCCGCUUGCAACGCGACGUCUUAUUUCGGCGCGGCUUUGGUUUGUUUGUGUGUGAUUGACAUGGUUGGUCGUCGGAAACUGAUGCUUUACGGUGCCCUGUCUGCUGGAUCAUGCUACCUUGUUGCGGCAAUCUGUCUGAAGAUGGCGGAUUUGGAACCAGAAUCGAAGUACGAGCUUGGAUCCGCCACUACGGCAACUUUCUUCCUAUACUACGCCUUCUAUGGCACGAGCUUUGCGAAGGUCCCUUGGGUCUACAACUCGGAGAUAAACUCCCUUGGCUGGCGCACUCGCGGCGCCGCUGCAGCUACAGCUACUAAUUGGAUUGGAUCCUUCAUCGUCACUCAGUUCACCAAAGUUGGGGUGCAGAACCUCGGUUGGAGAUUCUACCUUUUGUUUGCGUGCUUUCUUUACUCAUACUUCCCCGUCGUAUGGGCUCUUUAUCCUGAGACCACCCAGCGCACGCUUGAAGAUAUGGACGAGAUCUUCAAAAGGAACCCAGGAAUCUUUGUGUUCGGCAACAAAGACCUGACGCAGCGCGCCCGGCCACGAGUGCUUGUGGAAGCGGAGAUAGCGCGGGUUCAGCGAGCUGCCGAGGAGAACUAUGAGCAUGUUGGAGGAGAAUAUACAGAAACUUCGGCACCAGUAGCCUUGAAGAAUCACGAGAACUCGGUACCUACGGAAGAACGACGAGCAGUUUGCGGCCAGCCAGCUUGGGGGUGGGGGCCGGAAGUCCCUCCAAGCAGUAUCGCCCAAUCACCUCUUCUCACACAGUGGGGCUCGACCUUGGAGUCGCCAUCUUCUGCGAUGAGCCACCUGGUGCCGGUCGACGAUCCGCUGCUCGUGCCAUACCUGGUGGAAGGCAUCGGAGAGUGUGACGAGUCGUUCUUCAACGAGCUGCGGACCGACGACGAUGGCGUACUGUCCCGGAUCCGGCGGGGGGAUGUUUCGGAGCUGUGCGGGGACGACGUCGCGCCGGUGCUUCAGCAGUGGAUGUUCUUUGGUCUGAUGCGGAAGCUCCUCGGGCCUUCGGGGAUUUCGGUGGACCAAGAGGACUUUUUGAGCCCGGCGGACGGAUGCGAUGGUUGCUGGGUGAGCACCAGCGGUGUCCUGCCUCUGUACUUGAUGUACUGGUCUGCGGCAGAGGUGGAUGCCGAAGACAGUGCUGAGCGGGACAAGAAAACACUUCUGCGGCAGCACCUUGACGCCCUCCGAUUCGUCAAUUCAGUUGUUAACGCGAUCAUCAUCUGUCGGCGCGACAUGGUCUCUGGCCAGAAUCAAAAUGAGGGAUCUGAUGAAGAGGUAGAAGAUGUGACGGACAACAACACAUGUCUCGAGAUUUCCGUAUUGGAUACGGUCAUUCUGUCAAUCGUGCUUCUUUCGGAAGCUUUAUUGCAUGCGGCUACACAAAUCUUCAACCUUCCUGAAAAGGUGGAGGGCUUGAAAUGGAAUCUCGACAACGCGCUGCGCUUCCGGCUUACGAGAGCUGGAUGGUGCCCUGGUGAGAUCAGUUUUCUCCAUCAACGACUGGUCUAUGCGUCCAGCUUGUACCUCGUUAGCUCAAUGGACCGCAAGUAUUUGUCAAAAACCCACGACGCCUGCGACGAGGAUGGAUGCAAGGCAAACCAAAUCGAUGAGGGCACAUAUCAAACGAAGCAUGAGACUGCCGGUUGUGUAUGCGAUCAUGUGGCGGAAACGUCCCCAGAUGGAGUUACUCAAGCAGUCAAAGUACUUGACAAUGGAGAUAUACCAGUCAUUCGCAUCCUUGAGGAUGACGGCGGAUAUCCAAACAGAACUCACAUCCAGGUUGACAGCUUCGGGACCGGGAACAAGGAGGCCACGCCGUAUGUCGCAAUCUCGCAUGUAUGGUCCGAUGGAUUGGGCAAUCCGCGCGCAAACUCGCUGCCCCGCUGCCAGUUGCUCCGGAUCCAGCGGUACGUCGAUGACCUCUACGGUGAGGAAUAUGAGAAGCCGAUCCCGUUCUGGAUAGACACAAUCUGCGUCCCCUUGGAGCGAUCGAGCAGGAAGAAGGCGAUACGUCGCAUGGGCGACACGUACAGGUUCGCCGACAAAGUCCUCGUGCUGGAUAGCUGGCUCUUGACGACGCCUAUGCAUACGUACAGAGAGAUGAAUCUCCUCCGGAUCAAGUGUUGCACGUGGACCCAGCGACUGUGGACGCUCCAAGAGACGAUGAUGGCCCGACAUCGUGGCCUUGUGUUCCAAACUUGCGAAGGCGCAUUCUCCGAAGAAGAUUUUCAAGAACUCAGGUGGCAUGCAGGCCACGAGUUGCUUCAUGAAGUCCUCGACAGCUCUUUGGAUUUCUUAAAGGACCGAAACCCCCAAGAAUCACAGAUGUUGUGCGAUCUGUUUCAAAAUGUUCCCGAAGUCAACAGCGGAGAAUUACUCAACGUGAUUCAAGGUCCCACCAGGCGAGACCUACUCCUCGGAUUCGUGCCGGGCAUCGACCCAAACGCCAUUCCAGACGUCGAAUGGGACCGCGCAACAAGCGUCGAGCUGUGCCGGCGUCUGGUAGGCUGGAGUGCGCGGAAUUUCGUCUUCCACGAAGGACACAACUACUUCGUCCGCACACGAUGGACGGUGCCAGGGGCCCAAGACACUUCUCCCACACCUGCCGUGUACACAAAUGCUCUCGCAUUCAUUGGAUACGGGAUGAGUGACAGAUCGACCAGCAAGUUGGAAGACGAGCCCAUCUGCCUCGCCACUCUGCUUGGCCAGGACCUCGACGACUUGCUCGACGAGCCGGACGUAGAAAGGCGCAUGAGAAUCGUCAUGUCGAAGCUCACAUGGGUUACCAGCGUCGUCUUGUUCUCUCCCGGCCCACGGAUGGAGGUAGACGGAUUCAAGUGGGCGCCGAAAUCCUUCCUGGUCGGAGGAGAAGGCUUCGAGCCGGACCUGACCUUCUCGUCCAAGUUCAUCGGGUCCGUGGCACCAGAAGGACUCUUGAUCAAGCUCAAUGGCGUGAUUGUGGAGUCUCCCGUCCCGAUCGCUGCCAUUAUUUGCGGUGCCGAUUUUGUGGUCGAUGUCGGUCAUGCCCGGUUACACGCUGCAUUUACGGACGUGGACGUGCGGACGUUGCCGGACUUGACCAAUCUUCCCCUGGCCAUUGUCAUUCGCUCUAUCCAGCCUGGAGCUGCAAUUCCUUUCGCCACUCCCGCAUGGAUUACUCGCGUCAAAGAGAGAAGGAAUGGCAUGUGUUACGUUGAACCUCUCUGCAGAAUGUCGAUCGUAUCAGUGUUCGAAGGGAGUCAACAUGACCGGUUCAUUUCAGGGAAUUUCGUAGAGGAGCAACAAUGGUGUGUGGGUUGA